AGAAAUACAACUCCUACGGCGGUUGCGGCACAAAAAUGUGAUCCAGCUAGUUGACGUACUGUACAAUGAAGAGAAGCAAAAAAUGUAUAUGGUGAUGGAGUAUUGUGUCUGUGGCAUGCAAGAGAUGUUGGACAGCGUUCCUGACAAAAGGUUUCCAGUCUUUCAAGCGCACGGGUACUUUUGCCAACUUAUAGAUGGCUUGGAAUAUUUGCACAGCCAGGGCAUCGUACACAAAGAUAUCAAACCGGGGAAUCUCCUGCUAACAACCAAUGGGACACUAAAGAUAUCAGAUCUAGGUGUGGCAGAGGCCUUGCAUCCAUUUGCUGAGGACGACAUGUGCCGAACCAGCCAGGGGUCACCCGCUUUUCAGCCUCCAGAAAUUGCCAACGGCCUGGAUACCUUUUCUGGCUUCAAAGUAGAUAUUUGGUCAGCAGGUGUCACACUGUACAAUAUUACAACAGGCCUUUAUCCCUUUGAAGGGGAUAAUAUUUAUAAAUUAUUUGAAAACAUUGGAAAAGGAGAUUAUGUAAUCCCUGAGGAUUGUGGCCCUCCGCUUUCGGAUUUGCUUAGAG